GUCUGUGUUGAGUUGCUCUGCUGAAUAUACUGACAUACGUAUAGAUCCCUCUCAACACAACCCAGAUCAAACGACCAUCUCUUCAUUUUUCUCCCAUACCGCAAUGACAACAUCAACUCCGGCCUCCACCUCAACUCAACCCGCCCAAACCACCAGCACAAUUACACUCACAUCCUCACAAUCAUCUCAACCUCAACCUCAAUCCCAAUCUACCACCGAUGACUCCACCGUAACCUGGGAACACCUCGAACAUGCGCCUGCGUCCCCGAAAUGUACUGAUCAUUCUAUCGAACAAGUAUCCCGUCUUCCGGGGGGAGGUAAUCAUCGAGAUACAGCUGCAGCUACAACUGCAAUAGAUAGCGGAAUGCAGCAUCAUGAUGUGCCUGUGUCGAGGAAUGCGCCGGCCAUUAGCGUUUUUCCGCCUUCUGCUACUAGGGAUGAGAGGUAGAGGACGCUGGUCAUGUUGGUUGUGGGGUUUGCUUGAGGUUUCUUUUCUGUCGAUGUGUGGUUGUGGACGCUCUGAAGGACGGGUGGAGUUCAGGUAUGGAUGAUACGCUAGGUUCAGGAACGGUGUUUAUUGUUAGUGUUA